AUGAGCUGCCACUCCAUUGCUCUGCCGGCACUUGGAACUGGCAAUCUGGGUUAUCAUCCCAAGGAUGCAGCAAACGCGAUCUUCCUUGCUGUCUGUGACUUUGUAGAACUCAAUGGCGACACGAGCCAUCUGCAAGAAAUAAAAAUUGUCAUAUAUAAGAAAGAUGAAAACACAUUUCAGGCUUUCAAGAAGGUUCAAGCAGAAAUGGCCCAAGAAGAAACAAGUUCAACAAAUGAUGAACUUGCACAUGCACCAGAAGGGGUCGAUCAAAACAGUGAUACUGUUACAAGCACUGCUGCGAAGCAGCUGGCAGCAGGUGACUACAUAAAAAGAAGCCUCAAGAUCUGCAAUGAAACAACUGGAGGAAGCCGAACAGAAUCAAGUAAACUGAAAGUUCACGUUUUGAAAGAAGAAAUAAUAAUAUCUGUCAUGGCAGAUGCGAUUGUUAACUCAACAAGUGAUGACUUGAACUUGGAAAAUGGAUAUGUGUCUGCAAAGAUAAAUAGAGCUGCAGGAAAAAAACUGCAAAAAGCUGUGCAUAAAGAAGCUAAUAAGAUCAACUUCUGGGAUUACAUAGUUACUGAGGCGUUUGAUCUAAGCAAUUGUAAGCAUAUAUUUCACUGUGCCCUCGAGCCAUUGAAAGACAUUGACCAGAAUGACCAGAAGGAUAUCUGUCUAUCGAAUAUGCGGGCAAUGGUUCGAAUGCUGUUGAAUGAAGCAAACAAAAUGAGCUGCCACUCCAUUGCUCUGCCGGCACUUGGAACUGGCAAUCUGGGUUAUCAUCCCAAGGAUGCAGCAAACGCGAUCUUCCUUGCUGUCUGUGACUUUGUAGAACUCAAUGGCGACACGAGCCAUCUGCAAGAAAUAAAAAUUGUCAUAUAUAAGAAAGAUGAAAACACAUUUCAGGCUUUCAAGAAGGUUCAAGCAGAAAUGGCCCAAGAAGAAACAAGUUCAACAAAUGAUGAACUUGCACAUGCACCAGAAGGGGUCGAUCAAAACAGUGAUACUGUUACAAGCACUGCUGCGAAGCAGCUGGCAGCAGAAAAAGAAGCCUCAAGAUCUGCAAAUGAAACAACUGGAGGAAGCCGAACAGAAUCAAGUAAACUGAAAGUUCACGUUUUGAAAGAAGAAAUAAUAAUAUCUGUCAUGGCAGAUGCGAUUGUUAACUCAACAAGUGAUGACUUGAACUUGGAAAAUGGAUAUGUGUCUGCAAAGAUAAAUAGAGCUGCAGGAAAAAAACUGCAAAAAGCUGUGCAUAAAGAAGCUAAUAAGAUCAACUUCUGGGAUUACAUAGUUACUGAGGCGUUUGAUCUAAGCAAUUGUAAGCAUAUAUUUCACUGUGCCCUCGAGCCAUUGAAAGACAUUGACCAGAAUGACCAGAAGGAUAUCUGUCUAUCGAAUAUGCGGGCAAUGGUUCGAAUGCUGUUGAAUGAAGCAAACAAAAUGAGCUGCCACUCCAUUGCUCUGCCGGCACUUGGAACUGGCAAUCUGGGUUAUCAUCCCAAGGAUGCAGCAAACGCGAUCUUCCUUGCUGUCUGUGACUUUGUAGAACUCAAUGGCGACACGAGCCAUCUGCAAGAAAUAAAAAUUGUCAUAUAUAAGAAAGAUGAAAACACAUUUCAGGCUUUCAAGAAGGUUCAAGCAGAAAUGGCCCAAGAAGAAACAAGUUCAACAAAUGAUGAACUUGCACAUGCACCAGAAGGGGUCGAUCAAAACAGUGAUACUGUUACAAGCACUGCUGCGAAGCAGCUGGCAGCAGAAAAAGAAGCCUCAAGAUCUGCAAAUGAAACAACUGGAGGAAGCCGAACAGAAUCAAGUAAACUGAAAGUUCACGUUUUGAAAGAAGAAAUAAUAAUAUCUGUCAUGGCAGAUGCGAUUGUUAACUCAACAAGUGAUGACUUGAACUUGGAAAAUGGAUAUGUGUCUGCAAAGAUAAAUAGAGCUGCAGGAAAAAAACUGCAAAAAGCUGUGCAUAAAGAAGCUAAUAAGAUCAACUUCUGGGAUUACAUAGUUACUGAGGCGUUUGAUCUAAGCAAUUGUAAGCAUAUAUUUCACUGUGCCCUCGAGCCAUUGAGAGACAUUGACCAGAAUGACCAGAAGGAUAUCUGUUCAUCGAAUAUGCGGGCAAUGGUUCGAAUGCUGUUGAAUGAAGCAAACAAAAUGAGCUGCCACUCCAUUGCUCUGCCGGCACUUGGAACUGGCAAUCUGGGUUAUCAUCCCAAGGAUGCAGCAAACGCGAUCUUCCUUGCUGUCUGUGACUUUGUAGAACUCAAUGGCGACACGAGCCAUCUGCAAGAAAUAAAAAUUGUCAUAUAUAAGAAAGAUGAAAACACAUUUCAGGCUUUCAAGAAGGUUCAAGCAGAAAUGGCCCAAGAAAUGGGUGGACGUGCCAAACAUGCUGUGCCAGCAUUAUAUUUUAAUGAAAGAAGACUAGAGGCAAUCGUUGGAUCUCCUGAUAUAAUCAAUUGUGAUACUGUUGUAUGCUUAUUCGACACUUCGAAUCUGAAACAAGUGAUAUCCAAAAAUCACCCAAUUAUUUGCAAGUUGCCAUCAAAAACGGUGCAGGAUUGGAACAAAAAACUUUUCAAGCCAAGUACAGUGAAUAGAAGCUCACCAAAAGAACAAAAGAAAAGUUUUCAAGAAGAUCAGAAAAAGAAGAGUGAAGAAGAGAAUGGCAUGACACAAGGAAAUGGAGCGCCUCCUCUUUCCCCAAGGCCUGCAAUAAAUAGUGCGUCUAGCAACAGUGGCACCAACCGUUACAGGGGUAACAUUUUGAAAGCUUGGGAUCCCCAGCGUUUUCUUGAAACGGACGAAGUAGCAAUGCUUGUUUUGGUGAAGGGCAUACUGCCAGCUGAGACAGAAGAGGAAGUGAUGUUCAACUUGAAGAAAUUUGUACCGGAAAAGAAGUUCUUAUUACAUUUUUGUCCAGGAAUGCUGUCAGCAACCUUGUCAUUCGAUACGCCACAAGAUGCAGAUGAUGUGGUUAAACAUGCACAAAACAAAACCUUUCAGUAUCAAAUAGAGAAACACCCGGCAGAGCACGAAGAAGAAGGAAAGUAUCGAGCAUUUAAAGACAGACGGAGGAAUAGUCGAGUGUGAUUCUGCUACUGGUAAGGUAACUGUAAGCAUACCAAGCAUCUUGUUUUGGAAAAGUACCAAGAGUUGGAAGAAUAUUUGAAACGUAUAACAGAUUCAAAGAAUUUUGGAGGAAGUAGAGAGUUCUUUAUUGAAACAUAUCAAACACAAAAAGCGCAAGAGGUUUGUCAAGAUCUUGAAAGAACUGUAACAUGUGAAUGUGCAUAUGUGCCCGAGAAACAAUUAAUUGUUGUUCUUGUUGAAAUAUAUGAACACAUUAAACACGUGGGGAACAAAAUUCGUGAGCUUUUAGAAGGAAAAACCCCUGAAGUGAAACCAACAGGUAGGGCUGGACGAAAACGCCACACCGAUGGUAGUUCCAAUAAUGCCGAAUCAAACAAGGCUAGUGCUAGUGGCGGGGUGCAAUUUGAAAGUGGGAAAUUGAAAAUAUUCCAAACAAUGGAGAAAAUAACUGUCCAUGUGUAUGAGGGAGACAUCCUCAAGUUAGAUGUUGAUUGUAUUGUUAAUGCAGCCAACGACAAGCUUCAACAUGCAGGAGGAGUUGCAAGUGCCAUCGCUAGAAAGGCAGGCAAUCUGUUAACUCAAGAAAGCAAUGAAUGUAUAAGAAAAUAUGGAAGUAUACCUGUAGGUUGUGCAGUGAGCACGAGUGCUGGAAACCUUCCAUAUGCAUGUGUUAUACAUACCGUUGGGCCAAGAUGGAGUGAUUAUUCUUAUCAGUCUGACGGGGAAAAAAUGUUGUCAGAAGUUGUAUGAAGCAAUCAUGAGCAGUUUACAAAUUGCCGCAGACAAAGGGAUGAAGUCCAUUGCAUUGCCUGCAAUAAGUUCUGGGAAGUGGGAUAUUUUAUUCUAUUAAAUUGUGGGUCAAAAUAUUUAUUAUCAUACAUAAUGUGUACUUAAUACUAACUUUUUUUUAAUAAAUGUGAAAAAAAAAUUAG